UCCACGGUCGCAACGCUGGAUUGGUAGAAUCAGAGUUUAAAUUAAUAGUGCGGAUUUCACUGCGUGUCUUGUUUUGUGUUAACCGGCACUUGCGUGGCCAAAAUGAAGCACUUCUGCGGGCGAGCUAACCCGACCACUGGAGCUUUGGACUGGGUGGAGGAGAGCGAAGAGUACGACUAUCACCAGGAGAUAGCCAGGUCAUGUUAUGCGGAUAUGCUGCAUGAUCACGACAGGAAUGAAAAGUACUACCGGGGCAUCCGGGAAGCUGUGACCCGAGUCCAGGCUCGAGGAAAGAAGGUCAUCGUCCUGGACAUCGGAACUGGAACCGGGUUAUUAUCCAUGAUGGCUGUUACUGCUGGAGCUGACUUCUGCUAUGCUGUGGAGGUUUUCAAGCCCAUGGCCGACGCCGCCCGCUGCAUUGUAGAGAAGAAUGGCUUCACUGACAAGAUCAAAAUUAUUAACAAACACUCCACCGAUGUCACUGUUGGACCAGGUGAAGAUAUGGAAAUGAAGGCUAAUGUUCUCAUCACAGAACUAUUUGAUACAGAGCUGAUUGGUGAAGGGGCUCUGCCAAGCUAUGAACAUGCUCACCAAAACCUUGUUCAGGAGGGUUGUGAGGCAAUCCCCCACCGAGCGACUGUUUAUGCCCAGUUAGUGGAGUCGCCACUUUUAUGGAGCUGGGCUCAGUUGCAGCCAGUAGAGGUGGAGGGCACCCGGUUGUGUCCACCGCCUGCUGUGGGCCAUUGCAGCGGCACGCAUUCCGUGUGUGACAUCCAGCUAAGCCAGGUGUCACCUCAAAGCUUCACCCCAUUGGGUCCACUAUGUACCAUGUUCAGUGUGGAUUUUAGUAAGCCAGUCAGCAGUGCCCUCCAAUCCUAUACCUCUCAGUUUGUGGCCCAGACAAGCGGUCAGGCUCAAGUUGUCCUCUCCUGGUGGGACCUGGACAUGGAUCCCAGUGGAACAAUUGUGUGCACCAUGGCCCCCAGCUGGACAUAUCCACAACCAAAGAUGGCUCCCUGGCGAGACCACUGGAUGCAGAGUGUGUAUUUCCUGCCAGGAGAAAGCAAAGUGACUGAAGGACAGGAACUGAGGCUGACUGUCUGCCACGAUGACUACAGUCUGUGGUACAGACUCCAGUCCCCCAGCCAACCGCAUCCUCAGGGCGACCUGCUUCUCUCGCGGCCGUGUUGUGUAUGUCAGGCCCACCUGGUUUGGACUCGACCACGGUUUGGUGAACUUAACGACAAACUUCGCACAGAGAGCUACGUCAGCGCACUGCGGAGUGUUCUGAAGGAGGACAGUGUUUGUCUCGGAGUGAGUGACUCAAGUCUUCUUCCCGUGUUUGCACAUGUGCUCGGAGCCAAGAAGGUCUUCAGUUUGGAAAACUCCAGGAUGUCCAAACAGGUUAUUGAGCAGGUGCUGGAAUCCAAUUCAUUGAGAGGAGGAGUUGAGCUGCUGGAGAUCAGACCUGAGCAGCUGAGCAGUAACGAUUUAGGAGGAGAACAGAUUUCAGUGCUUAUGGGAGAACCGUACUUCAGCACCAGCAUUCUACCUUGGCACGCGCUGUUUUUCUGGUACUGUCGAACCACCCUGGCUGCCUUCUUGCGGCCUGACGCCACCAUCCUGCCCUGCUCUGCCACUUUGCACAUAGUGGCUGUGGAGUUCCAGGAUUUGUGGAGGAUACGAGCUCCAUGUGCUACCUGUGAAGGUUUCAAUGUCACACCCAUGGAUGAAAUGGUGCAGAAGUCUCUGGAUUUCCGGGAGUCCCGGGAGGCAGAGCCUCAUCCUCUGUGGGAGUAUCCAUGUCGAGCUCUCACACAGUCUACAGCCGUAAUGACUUUUGACUUUACUCAGUGUAUCCCCAAACUGCCUAUCAGCUGCCAAGGAUCUUUACCGUUCAUAAGGGGCGGACGUUGCCAUGGCGUCGCUCUGUGGUUAGAAUACCAGCUGACCCAGGAUGUGUCUGUCAGCACAGGUCUAAUGUGUCCCAUCAAUGAGCAGGGCGACUGCGAGUGGAGCCGCCACAGAAAACAAGGAGUGUAUUUCUUCAGGUCGGGAUGGGAAACCGCUGGUGACGACGGUGCCGCCGUGUCUUACAAGUUCACCUUUCAGCCCACGUCAGACCUGUGUCACGUGACUUCAAACUUGACAUCUCAUUGGCUGGUUCUGAGACAUGAUCAACUGUGUCAGUCUUAAUUUACCGGAAGUAAGUUUUGGUUUUUGAGGCAGCACAUUUUUCAACACUGAAUUUUACAGCUCUGAAUUUUAAAACACUGACUUUUUAUUUCAAUGAUAUUGUCAGCACAAUUUGAUGUAAACAGUUCACAAAAUUCAAAUGCAAACAAUUGAGUUACAUAAGUUCAGUGUCAAAAGUCGAUGUUGAUGAUCUAGAAGUGAAUUAAUUAACUCAGAUUAUGUUUUGCAUAUGUUGAAUGUUUAUAUUCAUCUUGGAGAAAGCAAACCACCAGUUUAACUAGUAGAUAUUUAAGUUUAGGCACAUAAUGCCAUAGGGCCCUUUAGUAUUGACAUUUGCAUGUGUUCUCGUGGAAGAAAAGGCAAUAAAAUUGGACCUUGGUAUGCAAAGUGAUUGUCCUAUCCGUGAGAAGAGACUACAUGUUUAGCUUAACGCCAACGUUUAAGAUACGACCUGCAUCUGUUGUCUUUUCAGACACUUACACACGAACAUCUCCUUUUAUAGUCAGGAUGCGCUGUCCUGACUUAGCACACACACAGAGACAGGAAGUAGGAAUAUAAAACUGAUGGUUUGGAGUUAGGAGUAGGGAUGAUGCUGGAACCCGGUUUUCCCGGUUGUUCGAUAAGAAAAGAACCGAGUCCUCGGACUCGAAUCCCUUUUUGAGAACCGGUACCCGUUAUCGAGACCACUAUAGUAAAGAAAAAGAGUUGGUUCUUUAUUCGAAUCCCUGGGAACGACUCCCGUCCCGACAAGAAAUGCCCCGUGUGACAUCACAAGAAAUGACGUCACGUAGCUCAGUCAUUUGUCACGGACCGGGUGCAGCGUGCUGCGGUUAGUUCCCGGGACGCAAAACUGACGGCUCCGGACGAAAGCGUGCAGGUAGGAGAUGAUUUAUUUCUCAUAAAUCAUACACAUUACAACAGACAGGAACAAAACAAAAGGAAAGCGUGCCGUUCGCACGAGAAGCUAAAGCAAAAACUUACUUAGUACAGGAAUACUAGAAGCUAAGGUAACUUUAGCACAGGAAUCAUGAGCUCGAAAACCAGAAUGCCAACGUAACUGUUGCAAAUGCAAACAAUGAAGCCAUGACGAGUGACCGGAAAAGGCAGGCUUAAAUAGAGUCUCUGAUGAGCAACAGGUGCGCGUACAAGGCAGGUGAAAAUCAUAAGUAACCAUGGUGACUAAAACAAACCCCCGAAGUGCACAAAACAACUAAGGAAGUCCAAAACUAACAGAACAUAGCUAAACAAAACAUGAUCCGACAAAUAUAUACAUCAUUUACUGACCGUUUUAUAAUAAAAUAUCUGUGAAUUAG